GUGACCCAUAGGAUACGAAGAAAGGAAGGCAAGGAUAUCGUACUCGAUUUUCCAUAUCCUAACCAGUAUUGAGUGACCCAAAGGAUACAAAGAAAGGAAGGCAAGGAUAUCCAGCACUCAGUUUUCCAUAUCCUAACCAGUAUUGAGUGAAUGAAAGAAUACAAAGGAAUAAGUCACGGAAAUCCUGCACGCUACAUUUCUUAUCCUGUCCAGUAUUGAGUGAAAUUAAGGAAAACCAAAGCAAAUUCUGCACUCUGGCUAACAUAUCCUAACCAGUAUUGAAUGAAAGCAAAAAUACAAAGUGAAAGAGGAAAGAAUAAGGAAACCGUGUAAGAAAGAAGAGAAAGAAAACAACAAAAAGAUCACCCACAGAGGCAUAGACGACAAAGAAAGAGAUAUAAAGAAGUCUAAAGAAGAAGAAGAGGAGGAGGCAUUUACAGAGGAAGGAAGAACAAGGAGAGAGAUUCAAUAACCAAUACAAAUAAGUCCAAAGAAGACACAUCACCUAUAAAACAAGCACAAGGCGACUCAAGUAAUAGAGGUUGAAAGAAUAAUAGGAAUCAUCGCCCACCUAUAAGCCUAUCACCAUGUUUCUUGUGGGCCUGACCGGGGGCAUCGCUACGGGAAAGAGCACCGUCAGCACAAUGAUGAAGGAUAUGGGCGUGCCGGUGGUGGACGCGGACCUCAUCGCCAGGCAGAUCGUGGAGCCUGGGCGGCGGGCGUGGACCAAGAUCAGGGCUGCCUUUGGGGAUGAGGUGUUUGAGGAGUCUGGUGAGAUCAACAGGGAGCGUCUGGGCCAGAUUGUGUUUUCUGACGUGGAGAAGCGGAGGAUCAUCAACAAGAUCACCCACCCGGAGAUAUACCGCGAGAUACAGUGGCAGGUCCUGAGCCACUUCCUGCGGGGGGAGCAGUUCCUGUUGCUGGACCUUCCGCUGCUGUACGAGAGCAACCGGUUUGCCUCCUAUCUCCACAAGAGCAUCGUGGUGGCCUGCGAGGACGAAAUCCAACUGAACCGCCUGAUGGCCCGCAACACCUACACUGAGAAGGAGGCCAUCGCGCGCAUCGAGGCCCAAAUGCCGCUGGAUAAGAAGUGCAAGAUGGCAGACUUCGUGAUUGAGAAUUCCGGCAGCCUGGAGAACACGAGGCAGCAGGUGGAGGGCAUCGUUAAGCUCCUGAGGUCGUCGCGCCGUCACCUGUACCUGCGUGGGUUGUGGGGGUCAGGCCUGGCGGUGCUGGUGGGGGUGGUUGUGUGGUUGUGUGUGUGGUUGCUGUCGUGAUUUUUUUCCUCGUUUUCUUCGUUUUUUUGGUGUAUAAUUUUUCUCUUUCGGUUAUGAUUUCCUUUUUUUCUUUUUCUCCUUUUCCUCUUUCUUCCUCUUCCCUACUUCUGAUAUAUUUCUCCUCCUCCUUGUCAUCUUCCUUUUCCAUAUUCUUUUCUAGCUUGCUUCUUUUCAUUCUCUUUUUUCUAUCUCCUUCUCCUCCUCCUCCUUGUCAUCUUCUUUUCCAUAUUCUUUUCUACAGUUUCUCUCUUUUCAUUAUUUUUUUCUAUCUCCUUCUCCUCUUUAUCCUUCUAUGCAAUUCGUCUCUUUUCCUUAUCUUUUCUUCCUCCUCCUCCUCCUGUCUUUUCUCUGUCAGUCUUCAAUUUCUUUCCAUCAUCUUUUUUAUCAUCUUUGAGUCCCUAAUCUCCUCCUCCUCCUCCUCCUCCUCUUCUUCAUCUGUCUCCCUGCUUCCCAUUUUUAUUCUUUUUAUUUUGUGGUUCUAUGAUUUCUUUUAUAUCCUGACUUCAUUAUCAUUAACAGCAUCAUAAUGUAAUGUAAUGUCAUGGUUUAGUGUCUGUUAAUACUAUGCUGUUUUGUAAUCUUUUUAAAAAAACGCUUUUAUAUAUAUUUUUUUUGACGCGGUUUUUCCGAAGGUGUUUCUGUGUGGUGAGUAAAGAACAAGGUGUCCUAUCAUGUGUUAGUGUCUGUUAAUAUGCUGUUUUGUAAUGUUUUUAACCCACUUUUAUAUUUUAAUUUUUGACACGAUGCAUUUCUGAAGGUGUUUCUGUGUGGUGAUUAAAGAACAAGCUGUCAUGUCAAGUUUUAGUGUCUGUUAAUGUUGUUUUGUAAUCUUUUUAAACUAUUAUAUAUUUUCAUUCUCAACACAAUGAUUUCUCUAUGAUCGCUUAACCUGGUAGCAGCAAGGGGCCAAAUUUGUGGCUUUACCGUGUAGCAGCAAGGGGCCAAAUUUGUGGCUUUACCGUGUAGCAGCAAGGGGCCAAAUUUGUGGCUUUACCGUGUAGCAGCAAGGGGCCAAAAUUUGUGGCUUUACCGUGUAGCAGCAAGGGGCCAAAUUUGUGGCUUUACCGUGUAGCAGUGAGGGGCCAAAUUAGUGGCUUUACCGUCUAGCAGCGACGGGCCAAAUUUGUGGCUUUACCGUGUAGCAGCGAUGGGCCAAAUUUGUGGCUUUACCAUAGAGCAGGGUCGGGCCAAAUUUGUGCCAUGAUUUAACCCCCACUCCCAAAUAGAUGAUACAUAAACUGAUCACAAAUGCGUUGAUAUAUAUUAUGAAAUGGUUUGUGUGAGUGAUGAUUUUUUCUCAUUUUUCUCACUUAGAGGGACCAUUAAGAAACAUGAUCCCCGCUGCUACUGGGUUAAUGUUUUCUAUAUUUUCAUUCUCAACAUGAUGUAUUUUCAAAUUUUUUUUUCUGUAUGACUGCUAACAAAAUCCGGCUGUCAUAUUUUAUUUUAGUGUUUUGUAAGUUGUUUCGUAAUUCUUUUUAACUUUCAUAUAUUUUCAUUCUCAACACGAUGAUUUUUUUAACGUUUUCUCAAUAUGAUCACUUAAAAACAGGCAUUGGGUCAUUUUAUUUUAGUUAUCUGUUUUAUAAGUCGUUCCGUAAUCUAAUUUAACACAUUUUAUAUUUCCUCUUUUUCUCCUAUUUAAUCUUCCUUUCCUGUAUUAUUUCUCUCUUCAUUAUCUUAUCCUUCUUUUUCUCCUCUUUCUCCUUCUCCUGUAUAGCUUGUCUCUCUGCAUUUCAUAAGUUUUUUUCAGUAUGGUCGCUUAAAAACAGCCAUUGGGUCAUUUUAUAUUAGUAGUAUCUGUUUUAUAAGUUGUUCUGUAAUCUUUUUCAAACCCAUUUUAUAUAUUAAUUCUCAGCACGAUGCAUUUCUUGACGUUUUCUCUGUACGACUGCUAACGAAAACUAGCUGUCAUAUCCUGUUUUGGUAUGUGUUGAUCUGUAGUUUUGUAAUCUUUUAUAAUCCACUUUA